CAUACAGCUGUCUGCCUGCCGUUACUCCAACAUCACAGCUCGCGCGCACCUUUACCUUCUUCGGCUUCGCCAAAAAUUAAAGUCACAAAGUUUUGGAUUAAAACGAUACGGAAAUAAAUUCUGCCUAUCUGUUUUAAGAAGCGCUAUGAUUUACCUCAAACUUUGACAAACUUUCAGUUUUGACAGCGCGUGCCUAGAUUCAAACCGUGUCUGCUCACCCAACCGUCGCCUCGCUGAGGAAAACCAAUCGUUUUGCGCCACCAACGCGAUUUCGCCGCUCAGCGAAUAGUGGUAAUAAGUCUGAAACCACAUGUGCUCCUCUUCAAACCGGAGAGACGCUUUUUCAUUUGUCUUCAGAGAGGAAAAGAGUUGGCUUUAAGCCGUACUGACAGACACAAGGGAAGGACGAGCCGGAGAAGACCACUGGAAAUUCAAGCGGUGCGUAAAAUUCACGUAUAUUCUUGGCACUACUGCAAGAACAGUUGAAAUAAACAGGGGAAAUGUAGUCUUUGUGGAUGGUUAUCGGUAGCUAUAGCCACUUUUGACGCUAAACGUUGCCGGUAAAUGGCUCUUUAAUCGCGGCGAAGGGGGUAACGUUAGUUGUGUAGUGUACGGCAAUGCCAAGUUGACGAGUCUCGACAUUGUCAGUAUUACCGUCCGUUUAAUAAUUAUGGGCUCGAUGAUAUUUUCAAAACAUUCCCUUCUAUCAAAAAGUGGCGAGAAAUCCUGAACGAAGAUGACGUUUUGACUUGGAUAUUCACGUAAACCGCGGGCGUACGCGCAGUCAGUCACCUGCUCAUAAAGGUAUACGCACCUUUACGCUUAAACGCUGUUCAAAAUGACGACUAACGGGGCCAACAUCGUCUACGAAUGGCUAAAAACCCUUCAGCUGUGUCAGUAUGUCGAGGCUUUUGUGGAUAAUGGAUACGACGACUUGGAAGUUUGCAAACAAAUCGGAGACCCGGACUUGGAUGCUAUCGGGGUGUUCAUUCCGCACCACCGCCAGCGGAUUCACGACGCGGUGCAAAGGUUAAAAGAUCACGAUAAGGAGACGGCCACUGGGCUUUAUUUCACCCUGGAGCCGAUGCCUCCGGUCUCAUCUAUAUACACGAGUCCCACGGCAGAGCAAUGCGAGCCUAGGCUGCGGGGCUCCAAGUCAUGGACUGAGCAGAGCAGUGAUAGAGCUGCGCGCAGCGUGGGGUACAUGGGGGCGUCCAGGAAUCUGACGCUUGGGAACCGCAAGGAGCUGGAAAUCUACCCCAAACUGAAGCUGAAGAUCAUGAUCAGGGAUAAACUCAUCAGGGACGGGAUAAACCUUGCCAGGCAGCCAUACUCUAAUAAGGAUGGCUCUCUGGGUAAUAUAGAUGACCUGGCACAAGAGUACUCUGAGUACUACAACACAUACUUCAGCGAAGUCAGUGAGCGGAUGGAGGAACUACGCAAGCGGCAAGUCUCUCAAGAGCUAGACAUGGAAAAAGCAGACACCAGCUUCAGCUCAUCACAGCUAUGCUCAGACAUCCAGGAAUCAUUUGGCAUCGACAGUGAGGUGUCCACUCCAGAGUCUGAGAGAAAAAUUCCUCUGCACAAGUCCAGCUCUGAAGAUGGAUCAGGAAAAUGGGACAACAAGAAGAAAAACAAAUCCUUCUGGCAGAACUUUCGAAAGUCACAGAAAGGGGUCACAAGGCAAACGUCAAAAGGAGAGGACAUUGGCUAUGUGGCCAGUGAGAUAACUAUGAGUGAUGAAGAACGGAUCCAGCUGAUGAUGAUGGUGAAAGAGAAGAUGAUCACAGUGGAGGAGGCGCUGGCACGGUUAAAGGAAUUUGAGAGGAACAGACAGUUGAGCAGCAGUACAGACACAGCAGAGUGGACUGAAGGAUCCAGUCCCACUGUUAACCUCUCCUCCGUCUGCAAUUCUGUGGAGCAGUCAGAUGAUGAGCAGGAGGACUCUGUGAAAUUCAAGAGGCUUCACAAGCUGGUCAACUCAACUCGACGUGUCCGCAAGAAACUCAUCAAAGUGGAUGACAGCAAAAGACAUGGCUCAGAAGAUUCGCUCAGUCUGGAUGCAGCUCCCUUAUGUGAUGACAUAAACGCACUGUAUGCUGAAAUCCACAAGAAGCCGGCCCAGUGCACAGACUCCUCUUUGUCCUCUCUUGCCCAAGAGCAGCUUUCUCUGGAUGGGGACACGGACAGUCUGACCACCUCGCCGUCCACCAGUAGCCUUGACGCCUGGAAACCUGCUCACAAGUUAGUGAAGACCCCCGGCGCACAUCCCCACGGCCUGAUCCGCCCACCGCGGAAGAGUAGUGCUGGAUCUGGACUGGGUGUAGUGGGGGGUAGUGGCUCCUCUUUCUCCGAAUUGGAGUGUUUGGCAGACGAUAAUGCUAAAGUCUCCCGUUCGGCUACAGACGGAGAGAUGCGGAAGGCCUUGUCAUCUCUAUCACACGGGGUAAGUACUGACAGCGUCUACGCUUUUUACGGCCUCACUAGGCCCCGCCCAAAGCCACACCCCCUUCUAGUGUCUUUAGAUGACAUUAACAACACCAAACGGCCACCCGUCUCCAUGUGGCAGCGCAAUAAACCUGAUCCGAACUAUGCAUACUCCACCAAGCACCUACUCUACCAGCGCUCCUGCAGUGCUCAAAAAAACAUUGCUCCCUCCUCCACCUUGCCCACGUCCCCUCCCACUCGUGAGAUUCCAUUGGCCAGGGAGAAAGGAAAGAGCUGUGUGGGCGGGGUAGUGGGCAGCUGGCUGUUUCCACCGAGGCGUCUGAAGGGAAGGACGGCGGUUAGUGAGCUCAACAUCACAUACGUGGUGGAACGCAGCCUUUACGGUCACUUGAACUGGACGGGGCUGGUUAGGCCCGUAACACUGAGCAAAGCAGACAGGCGUUGGCUCCUGGAAGACGAAAGAGAUGUGAACAGGAAGUGGGCAUCCAGCAUGGAUCGCUGCACCAAGCGUGUGCUCUUACGCAUCCAGCAGAAGUCUAGAACGUGUAGCUUUGGAGGAUUUGACCUGACGAAUCGCUCCCUCCAUGUGGUCAACACAGCCGAGCCUAGUGAGCAGGAGGCUCUGUACAGGGACGCUGUGAAAUCUCCCACCACGUCCCGUAUCUCUCUAGGGAAGAAAGUCAAGUCUGUCAAAGAGACUAUGAGGAAGCGCAUGUCCAAGAAAUAUGUUGGGUCUCUCUCUGAACAGUCCAGUCCAGAUGGAACACCCAGUUGUCCUCAGUCUCCUCAGCCAGACACAGACUCUCUAGAGAAACCCAAACUCAAGGCAGGAGGGUCUGUAGAGAGUCUGCACAGCUCCCUCAGUGGGCAGAGCUCCAUGAGUGGACAGACUGUGAGCACCACAGAUUCAUCAGCCAGCAACAGAGAGAGUGUGAGGAGUGAGGAUGGUGAUGAUGAAGAGCCUCCAUACAGAGGUCCUUUCUGCGGCAGAGCUAGAGUUCACACUGACUUCACACCGAGUCCAUAUGACACAGACUCGCUCAAACUUAAGAGAGGAGAUGUAAUUGAUAUCAUCAGCAAGCCGCCCAUGGGCACAUGGAUGGGUCUGCUCAAUAACAAGGUGGGCACGUUUAAGUUCAUCUAUGUGGAUGUUCUUGCUGAAGAAGAGGAGAAGCCUAAGCGAUCGGUCCGGAGGAGGAGGAAGGGCAGGCCGCCCAAGCCCAGCUCAGUCGAGGAGCUUCUGGAAAGAAUCAACCUGAAGGAGCACAUGCCUACGUUCCUGUUUAAUGGGUAUGAAGACCUGGAUACAUUUAAGCUACUAGAGGAAGAAGAUCUGGAUGAACUCAAUAUCAAAGACCCCCAGCACCGUGCCGUUCUGAUGACUGCUGUAGAACUACUGCAGGAUUACGACAGUAGCAGUGAUCCGGAGCGCAGCGCCCUCUCUGGCUCUCAGGAGAAACUCCUCUGUGAGGGGCGUGGCCUCAUGGCCGACUCCCCACGGGACUCUGGUUGCUACGAAAGCAAUGAAAACCUAGAGAAUGGUAAGAGCCGCAAGGCGUCGCGCCACAGCCGUGGUUCAUCUGGAUUUGAUUGUGGGGGUGUAAGGUCUCCAGACUAUCCCACUCUUCCCAUGACUCACUCCACAGAAGUUCUUCAGCAGCAGGCAAAGAAAGAACGCAAGUUCCCGAAGCCUUUUCUGCCCCGGCCCAUAAAGGCCUUCAGUCUGCAUAGCCUGGGUCUCAAGAAGGCCUCCAAAGCAGGACAAACCUCCCGCAUACUGGUCAGCCGAAGCUGUGAGGAGUUAGACUGCCCCCAGAAGACCCCUGAGUCUGGGAAGCGUUCGCAUUCUCUGGGGGAUAUACACUGGGUGCAGACCUUCGAUCCGAUGAAGAGUGAGAGUAAGGAUAAAGGCAGGCCAGAGAGCAGCAAAAAGGAAGUAAAAGCCGAUCCUGUAGAAUCAAAAUUUAACCAGAUCAGCAAUAAGGCUAGAAGAGAGAUGGGCUCAAUGCAGAGACCUAUGGUUCCCACACAGCUUCAUCUCAACACAGUCAGUCCAUUUCCUGCUACUCAGACCUCACACGGCCAACCAGUUUCUGCCCCAACUAGCCCUGCUCCACGGACUCACCCUAAAAAGCCACCUGUCCCACCUCCUGUGCCUGCUAAAAAGUCCAAAGAACGUCUGCCGAAUGGUCUGCGCCACUCUCCACUAGUGCUGUCGGGUUCAGUGCCAAAUACACCAACUCUACCCCCAAAACCCACAUUCACCCCAACCACUCCCUCCGAGAGCUCCCAAUCAAUGCCAUUAUCACCUGGUGAAUCUCCAGAAGCCCUGAGUCCAGCCUGGCUGUCUGACCUGCCUGAAUCAGCAUGUCCUCAGAUCCACGGAGCUAAAGUUGCCCUCAGCAGGAAGAUCUCCCAUGCCAAAAUGACCGACCUGGAGACUCUGCUGGAGGACCGGAUGCACUUGGAAGGCAUUGACCUCACCGAAGAGCCGUACUCUGAUAAACACGGCCGCUGUGGUAUCCCUCAGCUCUUAGUACAGAGGUACUCAGAGGACUUUCAGCAGCCAGUGAAGGACGUGGCGUCCAGUCUGGAUCAGAUCAGAGUUAAACAACUCCGCAAGGACCACCGCAUGGCUAUUCCCUCGGGAGGCUUGACUGACAUGUGUCGGAAGCCAGUGUCUCCUGUUCACAUGAGAUCUGUGUCUGAUUGGCUCGUGUCAAUUGGAAUGCCCAUGUAUUCUGCCCUUCUAUUGGCUGCAGGCUUUGACACCCUGGAUCACGUGUCAUCCUUGAACGAGGUGAAAGUGAGGGAAGCGGGCUUGAAGCAGGACCAUCACAUACGUAUUCUUCUCAGUGAAGCCCAGCUAGUCACAGCCAGCAGCUCAGGACAGUCAUAAUACUAACACGAGCUGUUAUGAACUUGACUAAAUGGAUUAGACUUUGCUGGCGAAGGGACAGACCUGGAAAACAGCUGCCAAAUUUUCUCCCAGCUUUCUGUUUUAUAAUCUCAGCCUUUUGGCAAUUUCAGAAAUGACUGAUCUGGCUUCCAAGGACUGUUAUUGUUUCUAUGGAACCUUCUGUUGAAAAGCCUACAUCUAGUUUUGGCCUGAAACAUCUGCCUGUCGAAAGCAAGCACACUUUUUUCUGAGAAUUUUUGCUUUUGUAUGAAUUUGUAGACUUUUCUGAAUCCCUUUUUCAGGAAGUUUGAGAAUUACUAAGGAAAGAAAAAAAAUAUUUAGUGCUUACUGAAGCACUUGAGUAUCAAGAGAACUUCACCUGGCCAAAGCAAUGUCAUUUCAUGCAGGUUCGUUAGUAUAAUAUUACUUUAUCACUCAAAGCAUCCAGUAUGUAUAUGAAAAGAUGCGUUCUUUUGGGUGAGUCAUUCCAAAAAGCAUGACUUUGCCAUAUGGAGAUAUUCAGAGCAAAGCACAUUUUGAUUUCAGGUCAAUUAUUGGUCACGGUUUUAGAAAAUGUGUACUAUGUUUGUACAAACGGUUUCAUUUUGUUUGUUUGUUUUGAAGGUGACAUUUAAGCAUCAAUCCUUAUAAUCCGCUCAAUAUAAUAUUCGAUAUUCACAGCACAUUUAAUCUUCCCGGACUUCCAAACACACAAUAUUAAACGUGCAUCCCUUACUCGGCUGUUAUAUCGGCGGUAUAUCAAAUUUUAUUGCAGCUCUAUCAGUUUAUGUUGCCUGUUAUCUUGAAAAUAUACUCCUGCUUAUUGUGUACCUCUUAUCGUACUCAUCUCUGAUGCAAAUGAUGCAUCACGCAGAUGUAAUAUGCUUGCUGGAGUGAAAUGUGUACAGGUGGUUUUUUUUGUUGUGGUUGUUUUUUUUUUUUGUCUUUUGUCCAAGAUUGCCUUGCACUUUGACUGGGGUGUUGAAGACAUUUUGAACUGUAAAAAAAAAAAAGCCUCAAGCUCUUGAAAGCACACAGUCUUAGCCUUAAAAUACAAGUAAAUCAAAUCGAAACUUGACUCUUUCACUGACUAACUUACUGGAGUGUUCUGACACUAGUCAAAUAUACAGACUGGUAAUUUACCCAUUUGAUAAAAGUGUUCAAAAUUGGGAAGAAAGAUCCAUGAAGAUUCAUUUAUUUUGUCAUUCAGAACACAAUGCAAAUGGCAUGUGUUUGUGUGUUUCAGGGAGAAUAAAGUGUUAUGGACAUAACUUUUUCUUGCACACAUCUGGUGAUUCUCUCACCAAAGACAGCAUCUGGCAGACUAGCUGACGUCUGUUAGUUACGUCACUUAGGCAUUAACAUGACGUCUUCACUGCUCAGAUUUAAAGCAUUCCAACACUCCAAACUAAGCACAAUGAAGCGUGUUUCUCCCACAAUCACUCUCAGGUUGGUUUUGAUUGAGUACAUUUAGUUGCUUCUACAAAUCCUUUGGUUUUCUAGUUAUAAAAAGACACCACUCGUGUUUCCCCAAGAACUUGCAGUUUUAGGAAACAGUGUCUUUUUGAAAGCGUGCUUCAGAAUUGUAUUUCUCCCUCAUGUUUACUCGUUUAUAUCUUACCCAGCACAAUUUAUAGACCGUAAUGCUCAAGGUUUUAAUGAAUGUUUUAAGCAGUAGAGAAUCAAUAAGAUUCUUGUGUACCAGAAUGGAUGCUUUCACUUGAGUGCUUUGAAAACAAUAAGGCUUUUUAUGUGAUUAAAAUUGAAACUAUAUUUCAUGAAAUGAUACUGUAAAAAUGCACUUUAUUAAAGAAAGUUGUUUUUUCAAUUCUAUUGUGGAUAAAAUGAGGUUACAAAUUGACACGUUUAUUAUUUCUUUUUUCAAAAAGUUUUUUUUUUUUUUUCAGGACAGAUGUUCAUGGUUGAGGUAUCAAAUCUCAAAUCUCUGUAAAAAAAAAAAAAAAAAAAAAAAAAAAAAAUUUAAAAA